GGGACGCGGAAGUGAGAGGCUAGGAUGCCGCUUGGAAUGAGCGUGAUGUGGUGGAGCCCGGCGCUUGUAGCGGAGCUCAGCCUGUCUGUGUAUGUGCCCGGAUACGUGAGCGAGCUGCCUGCCCUGUCCUCCCAUUAUGCUUAGAGCUGCGGUGUCGUUACACUUGCUGCUCUGGUUACUGAUGCUCUGCUGCUCUGCUUCAGCUGAAGAGAAGAACCCGUGUGACACAUGCAGAAAGUUGGUGGACAGGUUCCACAAGGGGCUAGAGCAAACAUCUAAAAAGAAUUUUGGAGGAGGAAAUACAGCUUGGGAGGAAAAAACACUAUCCAAAUAUGAAUCUAGUGAAAUCCGUCUUGUGGAGAUUAUUGAAAAUCUAUGUGACAGCAGUGACUUUGAGUGCAACAUCAUGGUAGAAGAACAUGAGGAGCAAAUAGAGAAAUGGUGGUUUAAAAUGAGGAAGAAGUAUCCGGAUUUACUGAAAUGGUUUUGUAUAGAAACUAUUAAGGUGUGCUGCCCUCCUGGGACAUAUGGACCUGACUGCUUAGCUUGUCUAGGCGGAUCAGAAAGGCCAUGUCAUGGGAAUGGAUUUUGUAGUGGUGACGGCACCAGAAGUGGAGAUGGGAUGUGUCUCUGUAAUGCGGGAUAUACUGGCCCAUUUUGCCUUGAAUGUGCAGAUGGAUACUUCAGUUCAAGCAAGAAUGACACCCACACUUUUUGCACUGUGUGUCAUGAAUCAUGUAAAACGUGUGAUGGUCCAUCAAAUACAGGCUGCAAAGACUGUAAGGAAGGAUGGACCAAAGAAAAUGACGGCUGUGUAGAUGUAGAUGAAUGCGCAGUAGAAAGCCUUCUAUGUAAAGAAAAUCAGUAUUGUCUGAACACAGAAGGAUCAUUUUCAUGUAAAAAAUGUGAUAAAAGUUGUGCGGGAUGCUCCGGUGAGGGCCCAGAUAAAUGUAAAGACUGUGCAACGGGAUAUAUGUUAGAAGCCGAGAAAUGUGCAGAUAUCAAUGAGUGUGACAGUUCAGAGAAGGUAUGUGUAAGGGACAAUGAGAAUUGCGUGAACAUUCCUGGAAGCUAUAAAUGUGUUUGUGCAGAAGGAUUUGAAGACAAGGAUGGAAAAUGUGAAGAAACUGUAAAGAACGAAGAAGAAGAGUUUGCAGAACAGAACAUAUCCGCAAAUACAAUAGAAGAUUCUGUUGAUGUUCACGAAGAUCUAUGAUCUACAAAAAUAUAACAUUAAUUUAAAUAUUGUCUUAAGUUAUUGGACUCCAUCUCUACCUUCAAGAUACUGUAGAUAACCGAUUCUGUCAACCUGGUGAAGAUGCCUUUUAUCUGGUUUUCAGAUUGGAUUUGCCCUAAACGAUGCUCACAGCUCUUUUGGAUAUAAACAAAAUGUGUAUUUUAUUUUGGUACAGUACUUUCUAAUAAAUGUUCAUUCAGUGAUA